AUGGUCCUCUGCGUUCAGGGACCUUGUCAUUUGCUGGCUGAGGAGCGGAUUGGGCAGCAGCCCCUGAGGGCCUGCUCCCUGGAGCUGCCUGGGUCAGCCAUGCAGCCCUUGCCUAUGGGGGUCUUCCUGGAGGAGGUAGCAGAGGAGACCCCAGCCCAGCCAGAAAGUGAGCAGCCCAAGGUACUGGACCCCGAGGAGGAUCUGCUGUGCAUUGCCAAGACUUUCUCCUACCUCCGAGAGUCUGGCUGGUAUUGGGGUUCUAUUACGGCCAGCGAGGCCCGGCAACACCUGCAAAAGAUGCCAGAGGGUACCUUCCUAGUACGCGAUAGCACCCACCCCAGCUACCUGUUCACACUGUCUGUCAAGACCACCCGUGGCCCCACCAAUGUGCGCAUUGAGUACGCUGACUCCAGCUUCCGCUUGGACUCCAAUUGCCUGUCCAGGCCACGCAUCCUGGCUUUCCCAGAUGUGGUCAGCCUUGUGCAGCACUACGUGGCCUCCUGUGCUGCCGACACCCGAAGUGACAGCCCUGACCCCUCUCCUGCCCCAGCCCUGCCUACCCCCAAGGAGGAUGCUACCAGCAAUGCAGUGCUACCUGCCCCCACAGCCACUGCUGUGCACCUGAAACUGGUGCAGCCCUUUGUGCGCAGAAGCAGUGCCCGUAGCCUGCAGCACCUGUGCCGCCUUGUCAUCAACCGGCUUGUGGCCGACGUGGAUUGCCUGCCGCUGCCCCGGCGCAUGGCCGACUACCUCCGACAGUAUCCCUUCCAGCUCUGA